GCAGCACGAGACCCAAGGCAGAUUAUAUCACUUGCAUCUACCGUUGAACAUACUCAACUCCAAACUCAGCAAGGCCAAUCUUCGAUUAAAUUCAUUCUCCAUCACAGUAGCGACAAACGACUUCAUCUCUCAGCAGUUAAUUCCUGCUAUUUGAACCACUUUCCGACUACUUCUUUCACCACUUACACAACAUCGCAAUGGGUUGGCUAUGGUCUUCAACACCCUCCAAGGAGGAGAAAACAUCGAAUCCAGUUGAGAACAACAUACCUCCUACCACAUCGACGACCUCAGCACCACCGCCAUCUACACCCUCACCCUCCUCCAACUCAGACGUCGACCCGGAAAUCCAAAAAUUUCUCGACCUCUUCGAGUCUGAAAAGAACAAGCCUACGCCCACACAAGACAAGCAACAACAAUCCUCCUCCACGUUAUCAUGGCUCUCCAUGAAGAAGUCGCCCCGAUCCACCGCUCCCACACCCUCCGAUAUUCCUCCCCGAGACCCUCUCGCCGAAGCCCUCCUACCAACGGACAUGUCCUGCCGACAGGCCUUUGACCAAGCGUGGAGUUGUAAUGGAAUGGGCGGCCAGUUCAUCGCGGUGUAUCGCUACGGAGAGAUGCGCUCGUGCAGUGAGCACUGGGACGACUUCUGGUUCUGCAUGCGAGUAAAGGGUUACACUGGUGAACAGCGCGAGAGGGCGAUUCGAGAGCACUACCGCGCCAAAGAGUUCACAAAGUAUGGACCGGGGAAGCCGAGUAGUGAGGAUGUUUGGGAGAGUAGAGGGGAGAAAGUACCAGAAGGGUCAUUUUUCAAUCAGUCCAUCGAUGGAUAA